AUGUCGUUACUUCGAGAUCUUGUCAAGCCUUUAGUCAUCGAGGCCAAGGAAGACCAUUCGCACACUGUCGUCUUUCUUCACAGAUUCCCGGCAGGUACCACGGAUGAUGAGCUCCGUACCAAGGUUCUGUCCGAGAAGAAGCCGGGCUUCACUGUCACGCUGCAACGACGGUAUCCUACACUGAGAUGGGUCUUUCCUUACCCAAAGCUGCACUCAGGGGAGCAUCAGCACCGCACAAGCCAUUGGGAAAGCCUCUCCGCUACUGAUGUCGCCACGCUUGAGUUAGAGGACAACGGUCUACCCUAUAUCACACAGAUCAUCCUUCGAGAGGCUCGGCUAGUUGGCGGCCUGGAUAAGGUCAUCGUCGGGGGUCAAGGGGAAACUGCCAUCGCUGCUCAUGCUGCUAUCAACAGAUUCCCAGAAAUCCCUUCUAGAGUCAGAAACGAGCCGACAGAUGUGGUUAGCUUCCUCCAGCAAACUUUUCCCGGCUCUUGGACAGAAGCCUCGCAAUUCAAACUCGCAGGAUUUGUUGCCAUGCAUGCGGCCGACGACGAGGCAACUCAGGAUCAGCGAACGUACUUGCUCAUGUCUAGAUUCGCGAAUAAGAAGACAAUCAAAGAUAACAUCACACUCAACACCCCCCACAAAUUCAUUCACGGUGGAAUAAAAAGGCGUGACGAUCAGAACGACGGUCCUCGCAUUGUCGAGUUUAGCGACUUUCUGUCUAGCAUUGGUGUGCCUAUCCAGACGAAAUUGGUAGCCAGCCCCAUCGUUCAGAUUGAACCACAAAGGGUCGUUCCUCGCUUUACCAAGGCAGUUGAAUCAACAGCAAAAGAGGAAGACGAUGCAAAACUUCGACAUGAGCUUGCUGAGAAGGAGAAGUAUCGUCAACUGCUUGAGAAGAAGAAGCGGCAGGAAGCAGACGCCCGAAAACGCACAUUACAGCGUAUCGAAGAGGAUAAGAUUGAACGCAAAAUACGUCAAGAGAGGGAACGGCGAAGAAUUUUCGGCCCCGACAUUUCUCAGACUCUACCAGAUGAGUGCAAUCCACAACGAGUAGAUUCCAAACUCGAAGAUGAGCUCGCAGAGAGAGAAAAGUAUCGUCAAUUGCUCAAGAAGCAGAAGCAACAGGAAGCUGAAGCCAGGCAACGUGCAUUGAUGCGUAUAGAAGAUGACAAGAUAGAACGCAAGAUUCGCCAAGAACGGGAACGACAAAAACUUUUCGGCCACGACGUUGCUCGGGGGGUCGACGAAGAGGACGCUCAUCAUGACAGUGAUCACGACGCCUAA